ACCAUUCAUUUUUCUAACUGACAGCUCCGCGGUGACCUUCCUGGAUUCUCAGCCGGCCAACUCACCUCGCUCCCCGGCCUGGAGCUCCAUGAUGUCCGCCGGAGACAGGCGGUGGAGAACGUGGGCACGGACCGGCCGUUAAAGUGCCUCAAGGUUUCUAACAGACUCCUGCUCGUACAGUUCGUACUCCACCUCCGGCACUGCCUCAGCCACGGGCACGCCAUGUUCCCGGAGCGUCUGGGCGUCAGACGGCAGGUUAUAUAGUUGCGUCACCGGAACCGGAAGUCCGUAACGGUUGGUGACGUGGGUCACGGACUAGGAAUUAGGUUACUGCUAGCUAGCCAUAUAUGGGAGUUUGAGACAAACAUUAAUUAAUUCCUCUAAGGUUACUUAUUUGUAAUCAGAAAUGCAGCGGUAGAUGUAAGCAACGGUUGUUUCGCUUUAAACCGAAGAUAUCAAAUACGUCUUCUUACAGGUCUCUGGGGAAAUAGCACGGAAAAGUGUAGUGUACUAUUAGGGGCUAACGUUAGUAGCUGUAGCUCUAGCUAGCCCUGGCUUGCUCUAGCUAGCCUUAGCUAGCCCUAGCUUGCUCUAGCUAGCCCUAGCUUGCUCUAGCUGACUAAUUUUACUGGGGUUUUCAAAACAGUUUAUUAAACUAUAAUCUGGGUAAAGUGUAAAUGCCGAAUAAACUGACCUUUUUGUUCACACACUGCUGUUAAAAACACAUUCAAGGUUGAGUCUUAGUCGUUAUUUUUUUAGUUAUUACUUUAAAACUGAUAAACGUUUCCUUAAUUUAGGGUCUUCUAACUUAAGGAGUGUUUUGAAUGCAGGACAGAGUAUUUUACACUGAUAUUAAUACUUUCACAGCAUCAGAGUACUUCUUCCCCCCAUUGCUGUGUGCAUUAUGACUACCAGCUGGAAAUCCUAAUUUACCCAUUUUCAGAUCUAUCACUACAUCAGUGCUUACAGUCCAGUAGCUUUGAGGCAGUUGCUGUGUCUGCAACAUGUGGAGCCCCUUUAAAGUGUUAGUCUUUGCUCUGGUAGCAGCAUCCAGCUUCACACCUGUACAUGUUCUGGAGUUCUGCACUGACCGUGACUGCCUUAGUCACGAUAACACGGCAUCAAACAGCCAGCUGUCCCCAAACACUUUCAAAUCCAGGUGGAACAUUAGCGUCUCAAACCUCAUACAGGACCUGGACCGGUUCAGAGUGUCUUGCAAGAAGCUAAUGGAAGCGUUCCCAAUCGAUGUAGUUGAUGGUAAUUUUGCUCGCUCUGUAAAGAACUGUAUAUUCUCCAAAUCCAUUCCAACACCACUGAAAGGCCCGCUGAGACUGGCAGCAGCUUCUAAGGAGGUCAUCGAGGGUAUUUUAGACUUAGAUGUGGCUGUAACACAGUCGGAUGAUUUCCUGCAUUAUGCCAGCGGUGGCAGACUGCCACCAGGGUCAAUUCCACUUGCUCACAGAUAUGGAGGCUAUCAGUUUGGCUACUGGGCAGGUCAGCUGGGUGAUGGUCGAGCACAUUACCUUGGUCAAUAUACCAACAGGAAAGGAGAAGUGUGGGAACUGCAGCUUAAAGGCUCUGGGAAAACCCCUUAUUCAAGGUCGGGAGACGGUCGAGCUGUGAUCCGAUCCUCUGUACGGGAGUUCCUGUGCAGCGAAGCCAUGCAUUUCCUGGGUGCUCCGACCAGCAGGGCUGCCAGUCUGAUUGUAAGUGACGAGCCGGUGACGAGGGAUCAAUUCUACGACGGCAACGUGAAGACAGAGAGAGGAGCUGCUGUUCUCAGGUUAGCCAGGUCAUGGUUUCGGAUCGGAUCUUUAGAGAUUUUGUCUCAAAGUGGAGAGAUUGAUCUCCUGAGGAAGCUGUUGAUCUUUGUGAUUGACGAACAUUUUCCUUUCAUCAGUUCCAAUGACCCAGAUAAAUAUUUGGUGUUUUAUUCCACAGUUGUAAAUGAAACAGCACAUCUGAUUGCCCAGUGGAUGUCGAUUGGGUUUGCACACGGUGUGUGCAAUACGGACAACUUCAGCCUCCUGUCCAUCACCAUCGAUUACGGACCUUUCGGCUUCAUGGAGUCGUAUAGCCCCAAUUUUGUCCCCAACACUUCUGACGAUGAGGGCAGAUACAGCAUCGGAGCUCAGGCCGACGUGGGGCUGUUUAACCUCCAGAAGCUCUUGAUGGCUCUCAGUCCGGUGCUUUCUAAACAGCAGGAGAGCAAGGCAAAACAUAUUUUAAAUGGAUAUGUUGAUAUUUACCAUAAGAGGAUUCAUCAGCUAUUUAAAGCUAAACUGGGGCUUCUGGAGGAAGAGGAGGAUGAUGGUUACCUCAUUGCCUUCCUGCUUAAGAUGAUGGAGGACACACAAUCAGACUUCACCAUGACCUUCAGGCAGCUCAGUGAAGUUUCAGCCCAGCAGCUUCACGACAGGGACUUCACACAGUUGUGGGCUCUUGAAGACUUGUCGUCCCACAAGCUCUUUUCUGAUUGGCUCAGCGUGUACCAGCUCCGGCUCAUCCGACAACAAACCGAUAGUGAUUUGGAUCGUCAGCAGAGGAUGAGAAAUGUAAAUCCCAGAUAUGUGCUGAGGAACUGGAUGGCGGAGUCUGCUAUCAGUAAAGCUGAGAUAAAUGAUUUUUCUGAGGUGGAGCUGCUUCACCAUAUUCUGUCGUUCCCCUUUGUUACACAAGAGACCGCAGAGGAGGCGGGCUAUGCCUCAAGACCUCCCUUUUGGGCUAAGAGGUUAAAGGUCAGCUGUUCCUCCUGAGAGAUUCUUGGAUAGAGAAAAAGACACUAGUGAAGAAGAUUACAGCAUACCUGAGCCUUUGUUAUAUUUUAGUAAACUGUUUCAUGCUGGUGGAAAAAAGUGGUCCAAAAUGUCAAAGUCAUGGCUGUUAAAUGUUUUCUUCUACUAAAAUCACCCACCAUAUGUUGAUACAGUGACCAACAAAAAAGAGUGCAACAGAGGAAUUAACAUUUUUUAAUGCCAUAUUGACGCCUAAAUAUAUUCAAAGAUGCUACAGCAGAGGGUGUACCGUUUGUUUUAAGACCUAGUUUCACAUACAGUAUGACUAUUCACCCUAUUCAUAUACUUUAUGCACACACCAGAGCCUUCACUUCUCAGAUUUCAGCAAGUUGUACAAGAAAACCCAAUAAAAAAAAAGAUAUUUACGCAUGUCUUCUGCCAGGUUUUAUUUAGCUUGUUAGUCAUUUGAAAACUCAUCGUGUGCUCUGUAUAUGGGGAUUGUGUUUAUAGUAUUUACAGCAUUCCAUGCAAACAUGUCAAUAUGUACAAUUCUAUGAAAAUGUCUCUUUGAACCAUGAUGACCACAUUAUACUUUUCAUGUUUUCUCUUCAGCAACGUUACAAACAGUGUACAAAAUAAACUGUUUUGGUCUUGAAAAUAAUUACACUUUCACUUAAUUCAUGCAAGAUUAUGUCUUGGUAUCAUACAUAUCCAUACAAAUGGAUGGAUGGCCAUCUGUUCUCUGGAAGAGAUGGAAUCUGUAUUGAUCUCCACUGGCUUCAUUUUGGAGAUGUUCAGCAUCGUUAUGGAUGUAAAGAGUGGUGGAUUCAAGCUAUUUUUAGACUCAGGCUAAUGAAGACCACGCUUCUUGUUCAUGGCCAGCGCCAGUUCUGACAUAAAGUCUCCACCUCCACCUCCACCUCCACCUCCAUGCAUAGAUGGUGUAGUUCUCUUUGGCGGAACCGGAGGCAUCUUCUU